AUGGCCAAAUUCAUCACUUUUGGAGUUGCCCUGCUGGCGGUGGUGGUCGCUUCCGUUCUAGCCGAAGGGGUCGAGCAACCGGCUGGCAUCGAAGCUAGGAUUGAGAUUGUGAAAGAUAUUGCCGCCUUUCAGGCGGCCCACCCAGAACUAGAGCUGGUUCCGAUGGAAGUUUCCCGAAGCCCACGACAGCAGAUUGUCUACACUGUCGGUGGACGAGUUGCUGGUGACCGCCUGGUUGGAACCAGUCAGGACAGCCAAUCCUGGGGUACGUCGCAGGAUGUCACUCUAACGCUAAGCUAUCCGCAGUCCGGAACUGGCGCAGUCGUCAGCUACGUUCAGGUUGUGGUGAAUCAAAGUUCUAGCUUGGGUUAUGGAUUUGUCGUAGCCGGAGGAAUCGGUCAGCGGUACAUUCAAAUGGUUAUUGUGGCAUACAAUACGAUCUUUUUUAACUAUGUUGCACAAAUCUAUGGCAAGUGA